AUGUCCUCCUCGUUCUCCCUCUCGGCGCUCGCUGCCCUGUCCUGCUCCUCCAUAGCUGUGCUUGGAGUAUCUGCAGCGCCAGUGUCUAGCGCCGCCGAGUCUGCUGGAGCUGCUACGAUGGCUGCCCCCUCUGUCCCAUCAGCAACUCUCCCUGCUCCCCCGGCUGCAAUUUCAUCCUCUCUGCCAAUUGCUCUACCUGUGGGCAACGUCGAAGCACCGCCUCCCGUUGCAGCCGUCGCAUCCAACCUCCCAGUCUCGGGUUCCACCCUUCCAGGCAGCCCCUCCCUUCCUCCCGUCCCGGUCAACACCCCGACUCUUCCCUCACUCCCCGUCCUUGGGAGCAGAGCCGACGCUGACCUCCUCGGUCUCGGUUCAUUAGGCGACGUCGGUACCGAGAUCGGCGACGUGAUCAACGCGUUGGACGUUCCCGACGCUACCAACUCCUUCAGCAGCGCCACCGCAAGCGCGACUAUGGGUGCCAGGGACGUAUUCAAUGACGUCGACGGGUUGCUCAACGUCCUCGACUUCACCUCCACGGGUUCGACGGACGCGACGCCCACUCCGUCGCUCGCCGCUCGCGACCUCUUCAGCGAUCUCGUCAACGCGUUGGACUACACCUCCGCCGACCCCUCGAGCGUCGCUCCUACCGCGUCCGCAGUGGCUGCUCGCGACAUCUUUGGCGAAGUGGACGGGCUCAUCAACGUGUUGGACUACACCUCCGCCGACUCCUCGAGUGCCGCUCCCACCGCGUCAGCCGUAGCCGCUCGCGAUGUCUUCGAGGACGUCGACGGUCUCCUCAACGUGCUCGACUACUCCUCCACCUCAGGCACUACUGCCGCCCCCACCGCCACCGUUGCGGCUCGGGACCUCUUCGAUGACCUCGUCAACGCGCUCGACUACACCUCCGAGUCCGCGUCAUCCUCCGCCAUCUCCACCGCCUCCGUCGCGGCCCGCGAUAUCUUCGGCGAUCUUGUCAACGCGCUCGACUUCGACUCCGAGUCCGCUACCACCUCGGCGAGCGUCACCCCUUUCCCUUCGUCCAUUCCCAACUAGAGUUGCAUGCGAACUACUUCC